AUGGAAGAAAUGCUGAUCAUCUGUAAUGAGCUACUUCGGAAACAGAAAGCUAUCACUGCAGCUGAGAAAAGGGAACUGGAACAGAAGAACCUGAUUGAUAAGUUGGUAUCUGUCCAUUCUCAAGAACCAGGCACUGACAUUCAGAAGAUUCCAUCAACUUCAGAGUGUUCUACUAUUAAAAAAGAAGUUCUUACAUUUGAAUCUGAUUCAGAGAAGUCACAAACUGGGAGAGGUAACAGUGAUACUAAUACUUCAUUCAUUGACGACCUCUAUCAUAUUUAUGAUGGUUUCAUUCGACGUAUAUGGGAAGGCCUGUGUCUCCAACAACAGCAACAUCACUUCUGUAAUUUAAUCAUCUGCAUUGUCUGUCUCUGUUUCAAUUUGUUCAUAUCUAUCUUUAUUUCAGUGUUUUCAUAUCUAUCUAUCUAUCUAUCUAUCUAUCUAUCUAUCUAUCUACUUGUUUAUCUACUUCUUAGCUCAUAUAUGAGCUAG